GGCCGUUGAUACGGAAAAUUCUGGAACCCCAACGCAGGGAGAUCCCUCCACCAGCUGGUCUUUGAGGGUUCUUUGAACAAGGGAACUGUGGUGGCUCCAGAAACCCACCUGAUGUGCCAACAGAACUGCCUUCCUUAGAGGGGGGAGUUGCAGCCGAUGCUCUGGGGGCUGAAUUUUCAGCUGCUGGGAGUUUUGGGCAUCCAGAGGGAUGAAAUGUUUCAGGCUGCCAGCUCGGAGCGUGUCAGAGCAUGUGUGCACAUGUGUGCUCACGGUCUCCGUGCACACAGAGUGUUCCUGUAACUGCUGUGCCCUGCAGGGCACUCCCUGGGAGCUCACAAGGGUGAGGGAGGUUAAAGCUCCAGGAAUGGGGCAAAAGGGGCAUUUCCUGGGUCCUCUUCCAUUUUUUUGUCUGCUGUGAAGGCUCAGCUGCCCCUCCAAGGUUCUCCUUUCUGACCACCCUGUUCCUUGCAGGUUCCCAGCUCCGAGAUGUGCUCCAGACAAAGCUCCGGGGGCUGCCACGGGAUGUCCUCCCAGUCCAGCGGGUGCCACAGUGGGGGCUCCUCGUGCCACGGGGGCGGCUCCUCCAGCUACCAGUCCCAGGGCUCCUCCUGCUGCGGGGGCUCCUCUGGCUAUGGCCUGGGAGGGGGGUACGGCAGUGGGUCCUCAGGAGGCAAGGUCAUCAUUGCAGGAGGAAGCAGUGGAGGAUCCUCUGGAUGCUGCAGUGGAGGAUCCAGUGGUGGCUGCGGGAUAGGGGGAGGAUAUGGUGGUGGAUCUUCAGGAGGCAAGGUCAUCAUUGGAGGUGGAGGUUCCAGUGGAGGAUGUUCAGGCUAUGGGAUAGGAGGAGGAUAUGGUGGCGGAUCUUCAGGAUCAAAGAGCAUCAUUGUGGGUGGAGGUAGUGGUGGAGGUUCCUCUGGAUGCUGCAGUGGGGGAUCCAGCUAUGGGCUGGGAGGAGGAUAUGGUGGUGGUUAUGGUGGUUAUGGUUCUUCAGGGUCAAAGACCAUCAUUGUAGGUGGAGGCAGUGGAGGAUGCAGUGGUGGCUAUGGCGUGGGAGGAGGGUACGGUGGUGGAUAUUCAGGAUCAAAGAGUAUCAUUGGAGGUGGAAUCAGUGGGGGUUCCUCUGGAUGCUGCAGUGGGGGAUCCUCAGGAUACGGCAUAGGAGGAGGAUACGGAGGUGGUUCCUCGGGAACAAAGGUCAUAAUUGGAGGGGGAAGCAGUGGUGGAGGUUCCUCUGGAUGUUGCAGUGGAGGUUCCUCGGGAUAUGGGAUAGGAGGAGGAUAUGGUGGUGGUUAUGGUGGUGGAUCUUCAGGAUCAAAGAGCAUCAUUGUAGGUGGAGGUGGUGGAGGUUCCUCUGGAUACUGUGGUGGAGGGUCCAGCUAUGGCAUUGGAGGAGGGUACGGUGGUGGAUCUUCAGGAUCAAAGACCAUCAUUGUGGGAGGAGGCAGUGGAGGUUCCUCUGGAUACUGUGGUGGAGGGUCCAGCUAUGGCAUAGGAGGAGGAUAUGGUGGGGGUUCUUCAGGAGGGAAGAUCAUCGUGGGAGGUGGUGGAGGAUCCUCUGGAUGCUGCGGGGGAGGAUCCGGGGGCGGCUCCUCGGGCCAGACCAUCAUCAUCAGCUCUGGAGGGUCCUCCCAGUCCUCCCAGCAGAAGUGCCCCAUCGCCAUCCCCAGCAUCGUGUCCCAGCAGUCCAAGCAGAGCUGCUGCUUCCCCUCUGGCCAGAAGUGA